AUGCUGAAGACCCAGCAGGGCAUGUCGCCACAGAAGCACCCAGUCCACCGGCAACCCAACCCCGCAGAUGUUGCGGGUAUACCAGAGAUGUUGGCUCGCACCAAGAGGAGCGUGGGCUUCUACAAAGCCAUGCCAGAUUUCUGGGGAUGGUACAAGUACUUCACAGAGACUAACAACCAGGAAGCGGUUGAGGAUCUGGAUCGGCUGUACAUGACUUUCCUUCAGAACAAACAUAGAAAUGAGGAGGGUUCCUCCUUCAACCACUACCUGACCCACCUAAGCGAGGUCUACAAGGCCUGUGCCAACUCUGAUGACCCAGACUGCAUUGCUGAAUCCACCAGCAAACCCAAGGCUAAAUUAGUCAUGCCCGUCCCCUUCAAAGAGGCCAAGGUCUUGGUGUGCAACCCAUACAUUGACCCCUACUGCAUCUUCCCAGCACCACCCAAGGCUCCUGAGGCCGAGCCAGAGGCAGCUCCUGCCAAGGUUCCCGCUCCGUACCUGUCGCCAUACAUGUCCCCAAUGUUGCCCUACCCCUACAAGGCCCCAAUGCACCCUGUGCCCAUGAAGACCCCAGGGGGCAUCUUCUACUACGCCCCUCCUGUGGAGCCCUUCCUGUCGAAAGAGCAGAAGGGAGAGCUGCUAAGGAUCUGCAACCCCUCUGACGUGGAGUGCCUGCAAUACCACCUGCGUGCCGCCUACGGCUACAACCCCAUCGGCCCGGUCCCGUCGUACUCUGAGCUUGGCUGCGACCCGGCCAAAGACCCCUACUGCUGGCCACGCCUGGUGCAGAAGGCUCCCUCUGGGCUCUACCACCUCUACCCGGUGUGCGACCCUGCCACCGACCCCUUCUGCGCUAUACCAGCGGCCCCGCCUGCUGCCCUGACUGACUCGGAAAAGCCGUCCAGCGAGCAGGCCUGCCACCCACUCUUUGACCAGGGCUGCAACCCCCUGACUGCCAGUAAGCUGGCCAGUCCCAACAAGCCAGUCAUGGAGUACAUGCCUCAGGACGAGCCCAGCCCCGCUCACAAGCCCGUGGUCUGCAAUCGCCGCCUCGACCCCUUCUGCAUCCUGGCUGCGGCUGCCGCGCUGAAGAGGCCGCCGCCACCACCCCUCCCCCAGUUCCAGACCCGCCACCGCUUGGGCACCCGUGGAAGGACCAAGGAAGGCCACGACUGCUUCAUGUUUUACGACAAGGACUGCACCCCACUGACCUCUGCAGACAAAGACGCCAAGCCCAAAGAUGACUGUCACCCCUACGACCCCAGCUGUGGACGGUCCGGUGCACAGCCGUCCACCGGUGGCAAAGCCGCCAGCGGUAAAGCCAAGGAUGGCAUCAUCAUGCCUGACCCUGACUGCGAUCCUGAGAUGGACUACAACUGCCGCCUGCGUCGUGCCGAGGAGCCCAAUGAUGACCCUGCUCAGAAGGAGGAGGCCCCCGCUGACGCCCCCGCCGCGCCAGAACACGCCAUGCCGCGGUUCGAAGACUUCCUGAGGGGAUACAUGGGACACCACAGAAACUAA